AUGUCUGCUAAUCUUAUGUCUCGCACUCCCUCGACUGCGACACCUACAUGGCAUCACUUCGAGCGGAAGCUUGAGGGGGUCAAGCCGUCCAAAACUGACAUAAAUCAUCUGGUCAUGGAUUACCUCAUCACCAAUGGAUAUCCGGCUGCGGCGAAGAAAUUCGCUGUAGAAGCCAAUAUCCAAGUCAGAACGGAUCUUGAAGCUAUUCAGGAGCGGGUUGAGAUUCGAACUGCUAUUCACUCAGGUGAUAUCAAGGCUGCAGUCGAGAAGAUCAACGAGCUGAACCCUCAGAUCCUCGACGAAGACCCCUCGUUGCACUUUGCCCUAUUGCGCUUACAGCUGGUUGAAUUGAUUCGUACCUGCAUGGAUACUCCCGGCAGCGACAUCACUCCCGCCCUGGAUUUUGCAACCGCACAGCUGGCACCGCGCGCUCCCACAAAUCCUCAGUUCCUGGCAGAUCUCGAGCGGACCCUGGCUCUCUUGAUCUUCCCCAGUGAUAAGCUGGCCCCCUCGCUUGCGUCGCUCCUAGACCCUGCGCUCCGUAAAGAAAUUGCAACCCAAGUCAACGAGGCAAUUCUGCAGAAUCAGGGCGCUCGUAAAGAGGCCCGGCUGCGGAAUCUUGUGAAAACCCGGGCAUAUGCCGAGCAAAAGGCACGAGACGCCAAAAAAGACAUCCCAGACACCCUGGAUAUUGGCUUGAUCGGCGAUUCUCACAACAGUAACAGUAAUGAUGACCUUGCAACUAACAUCCGUGACACUCUGAUGUCCAACAACAGCGACAUUGACCCAAUGAUUGGUUGA